GUAGCGGAUGCAUGUGAAACGCGUGUGUGUGUGUGCGUGUGUGCGUGUGUGUGUGCGUGUGGAUUUAGAGCAGAUUGAGGCCGAGCUGUUUCAAUGGCCGUGAUGUUAUGCUAAAGUUAUCUCAAAACCAAGGUUUCCCGAAUGGACAGUUAAUGGUAGGCCUUCGCAGACACAUAAAAACAACCAACAAUGACUUUGACCGAGGUCUGUACGUUGGUGUUAUUCUCCGGGAUGCUGGUUAUUCAGCCGUUACCAACGUUAGCAUGGGACGCAGACUUGGAGCUUUUCGACCUAGUGGAGGAAAUCCCACAUACCUUCUACGAAUUCUUGUCUGUGAAUCACGAUGCAUCUUCCUCUGAGAUCAGGAAGGCAUAUAGAAAACUCUCUCUUACAUUACAUCCAGAUAAAAACAAAGAUGAAAAUGCAGAAACCCAGUUCCGACAGUUAGUUGCCAUAUAUGAGGUUCUUAAAGAUGAAGAAAGAAGACAAAGAUAUGAUGACAUCCUGGUUAAUGGGCUGCCAGAUUGGAGACAGCCUGUCUUCUACUAUCGACGCGUUCGGAAGAUGAGUAACGGAGAGCUGGGCUUCCUCCUCUUCCUUAUUCUGACAGUGGGCCACUACGCAGUUAUAUGGUCCAUCUACCUUGAGAAGCAGUUGGAUGAACUUCUGACUAGAAAAAAGAGGGAGAAGAAGAAAAAACAAAGCAGUAAGGUGACAGAGGAGAUUAAGUCCCUGGCACAGGAAAAAAAUGAAAGAUCUGACAAGCCACACUGGCAUGACAUUUUGCCUCUGAAAUUAAGCAUUUGGUUAUACUAUUCUGUGAAGUCUCUCCCUCAUAUAAUACAGGAUGUAAAGCAGUAUUACAAAGAUUAUAAGGAAAUGAAAGUAAAAGAAAAGGAGGAGGCAGAAGCUCUGGCAGAGCAGGAAAUGCAACAGAAAGAAAAACGGCCCAAGGUGAAGAAACCUAAAGUAGAGUUUCCAGCCUAUGAACCCAACACAGAUCCAGCUUUUGUGCAUGCAUAUGAUCUGGGAACAUCUAUUGAAGAUAUUGAAGAUCAAAUGGGUGACUGGUUAGAGGACAAAAAGCAGCAGCAGAAGAAGAAAGCUAAUGAGUGGACAGAGGAGGAUCUCAGCCAGCUCUCUCGCUGCAUGGCCAAGUUUCCUGGUGGAACACCGGGACGGUGGGAGAAGAUUGCUCAUGAAUUAGGCAGAUCAGUGACUGAGGUCACAGGAAAAGUGAAGCAAGUCAAAGACUGUGUCACCAAUACAUCAGGGUUGGUGAAGCUUUCAGAGCUAAAGGGUGGUGCUGUGAUAGCAAAGGGUUCCAGAGCCGUCACAUUGGCAGACAGUCUGAUGACCCAGAGAGAGGAACCCUUAGAGCAGCAACUGGAUGAUUUAGAAGAGCCUGUUGGGGGAGAGGACUCAGAGAGCAAAACACUGAGAAGGCGACAAAGAAAGUCUGCAGCUGGGAAUGCUGGAGCAGUGGAGGAAAGAGUGAAAGGGCGCAGACAGAGGGAUUUUGACCCCACAGCUGUAGAUGAAGACAGUGAAGAUGAGAAAAAAACAUCAGCCUCUAAAGAAAAACCCAGUGCUGCUUCUGAUGAUGUAUGGACACAGAACCAGCAAAAGCUCUUGGAGCUUGCCUUACAGCAAUACCCACGUGGCACCACUGAACGCUGGGACAGGAUUGCUAAGGCGGUGCCUGGAAAAACCAAGGAGGAGUGCAUGUCCCGAUACAAACUGUUGGCAGAGCUGAUUCUGAAAAAGAAACAAGCCAAGAGUUGACUCCUGGUCCUCAGUAUUUCACCUCUCACUUGCUUAUAAUGUGCCUUAAUUAUGCAACCUGAAGUCCUGUUGUCAAUGUGCCAUAUUCAGCAAAGCCUGAUACGUCAGCAUUACUCAUUGGGGAGAUUCAUAUUUGAAUUAUUGUAUGAGACACCCCAUUUAAAGAAACACAUUUUUAUUUAUCUUAAAAUCUUUUUCAGGUUGUAGAUUUUUGUAUGUUUCUCAAUGCAACCAGACAGUUUGUGGAGCAAAGAGUCACUUUUAACGUUUGUUUUUUUUCUUUCCUAUUUUGUCUGAAGUUAUGAAUUUUCAUUUGGUCAUGUUACAACAUAAAGUAUUUGCAAACAGCAUUUAAGUUGUCAUGUUCUCUCAUGUGGUCAUUGUUAUGCUGAAGCACAUUGGCUGAUAAAUUUGAAAAACAAGCUUGUUCCCUCCCUUAAGAUGCAGUGUAUGCACAUUGCAUAUACUAUGAACAUGUUAUUUCCCUGUCAUCAAUCUAUACAAAACAACAUAUGUUGCUCUUGCACAGAUUUACCAGUUGUAUACAAAUAGCAGAAUCUUUAAUUUCAAGUGAAGUGGGGCCUGGGUAACUCAGUGAGUACGAACACUGAAUACCACCCAUGGGUAGGGUUGCACCAGCUGUGCGUAAGGUCUCACUUGAGUUGAGACCUAAAAUUCACACUUAAGGCUUAGUAACUACUAGAUAGUUUGUAACCAAGUCAGUGCUUAAUUUGGUUGCACCACCUGUUCUUAAGGCAAGACUUAACAAGUAGGUCAUAAGCUGUCCGUAAAGUAAUUUAUACAUUUAUGCAAUAAACAGCCUUCAAAUGUGUGCACUGAAGUGUUAAAAAGCUGUGAAUUUCUGUUUGAACUUGUUUCGGUUGAUGUUUAAACCUUGUUUGCUCACGUAACUGUCAGCUGUAAUACAUUAUAUCCCCAUUGAAAUACUAUACAUAAUAAAAACAAGAUUUCAUUAAUGAUUUGGGCUAUUU